AUGCAGGAGGCCACAGACAAUGUGAAGCUAGAAAUGGAGAAUCGUUAUAGCCAGGAUCAAGAGAAAGCACAAAUGCAGCAGAAUGAGACAAUGCCGAAAUUGAACUGGGUGCAACAGCAACUGAAUGAGCAGACUAAUCAGAUGCAACAAACCGUCAGUCAGCUCAACAGUGCUCGACAACUUUCGAGUGAGUUGGAACAAACUGUGAAGGAACUGACACAACGUCUGCAGUUUGCCGAAACACAAGCACAAUACCAGAGAAGUGAACUGGAACGUUAUCACCAAGCUUGUUCUGAGGGUAAUACCUGGAGGAACGAACUGCGAUCAAAAGAAGUUGAAAUAAAACAAUUGGACAUACAAUACGAUCAGCUGACAUGUGAGUACGAAAACCUCCAACGCAGCAUGGAACAAAUGACCAUUAAGUUGAGUACCGCCCAUGCUCAUGUACAAAAGUUGCGUGAUCUACCAUCUGUGGAACAGUCGAGCAGAAAGACAAAUGAUAAGGCAAUGCGGAUUAUGAAACAGGAAAUUAAAGAAGCUGUGGUUGUCAGGAAUCAUAUGGAAGCUUACGAAGUUGCUAUCGGAAGUCCAGGUGACCUGAGGACAAUUGGACGAAAAAGUACAAGACAUAGCAAUUCUCGAAGGAUUUUGAAUGAAACAGCGAGAAGAUAUUAG